AUGGGGGGCGCAGGGCUCGGGGGGUUCGCCCCCCACCCCCGGCAGCACCGGCCCCAACACGUGCCUUCGGGCCACGGCUGGGGCCGCGGCACCCGGGGGAUGCCGGUGGUGCCGUGGCCGUGCCGGUGCCGUGGCCACGCGUGCUGGGCGUUGUGCCAGCGCGGUGGCUGUGCCGUGUCAGCGCCGGUGCCACGGCCACGCGUGUCGGCGCCGUGGCCGUGCCGUGUCAGUGCCAUGGCAACUCCUGUUGGUGCAAUGAUGGCGCGGUGCCGUGGCCGUGCCGGUGCCGUGGCUGUGCCGGUGCCGUGGCCGUGCCAUGUCGUGGCCGUGCCGGUGCCGUGGCCGUGCCAUGUCGUGGCCGUGCCGGUGCCGUGUCCCCACCCCGGCCCCCCCUCACCCGCUGCCCCCCGCACGCCCCCCCCAACCCUGUACUCCCCCCACCCUCCCCGUGCCCCUCCCGGGCCGUCCCCGCGUCUCCGUCUCGCGUCGCCAUCGCACGUCCAGCAUCCAGCGUCGGUCCCGGGGGGCCACACCGGUGCCCCCCACCCCUGCGCCACCUCCCCCGGGCCACCCCCGCCCCGCGUCCCCCGUCCCCGCGCCCCUCGCCCACCCCCCCAAGCACAUACCUCAUGGCUCCCGGAGCUGCCCCUGCCCGCGGGCGUCGAGCCCGGCCGGCACCUGGCCCAGCACAGCCCCGGCACGGCCCGGCUCGGUGUGCCCCACACCAGGGGUCCCCCACUAUGCAGGAUGCCGGGGGGGCCGCGGCCGGCGUCGCUGAAUGUAGGGGCGCGGGCCGGGGGGGCCGCGGAGCCCCCGUGA